AUGAAAGUUCGUAGCUACAGUACAAAGACAUGGAAUGAACAUGCUCUUCAUCCAAAGACAGCCGAUCGUUCGACCGUUGACUGGAUUUUCUUGGUCGAUCUACUUAAUUUUUCAUUCUGGAGUGAUGCUGACAGUCAGGACGCAUCCGCACCCCAUCCAGACCGUUAUUCAGUUGUGUACAAGGGAAAGUCUUAUACUGGUUAUUGGUCCCUUUGUGCCGCUGUCAAUAGAGCUCUAGACAACGGAAUUCCCAUCACAGAUCCGAAAUUUUAUGGUCAAGAUGCAACUGACGAACAAUUGGCAACAAUAUUUGAAUCUGAUACUAAAGAAAAAGUGCCAAUGGUCCAAGAACGCAUAAGAGUCAUGCGUGAAGCAGGAAAUGUCCUGUGUGAUCGUUUUGAAGGUUCCUUUGUAAAUUGUAUUGCCCGUGCAGGUGGAUCAGCACAGACACUACUAUCUACAAUCGUUCAGAACUUUGGAUCAUUUCGUGAUAUACACACAUUUUGUGGAAGACCAGUUUCAAUUUUGAAACGAGCACAGAUUCUGAUUGCUGAUAUUUGGGCUUGCUUUGAUGGUCAGACGUUUGGUCGGUUUGAUGACAUUGAUUCAAUCACAAUGUUUGCAGACUAUAGGCAAGCUCUUUAUUAUCUUGGUGUUCUUCGCUAUUCCCCAGAACUGAUAUCCAGACUCAAACGUCGUGAAAAUCUACCCACUGGAUGUCCCGAGGAAGUUGAAAUUCGCGGAAACUCUAUCUGGUCGGUUGAGUUAGUCCGUAGAUACAUUGCUGAACACAACCUCCAAACCAGUGGACCCACCAUCAAUGCAAUCCUCAUAGACUUUUAUAUCUGGGACUUUGCUAAGGAACAUCAGGAUGACAUGCUUGUGCCUACUCAUUGCACACGUAGUUGUUUUUACUAA